AUGCGCCCCUCGGGUGAAACUCGGGCCUCCUUCCCUCCGCAGAACCCACUCUCCGCUCUUUCUCCCCCGCCAAGCUUCCAAGGGUCUCCUCCCGGGCGGGCGUGCAGGCUUCCUUCACCUUUCGUACCCACCCCCUACUUCCCCCCACCUCCCCCACCCCACCCCCGGCCAAGCGCGACCCAGGCCCCUCCCAAGCUCUGUAUCCAAGGGCCAGCUGCUCCCCGGGCCCCGCCUCUAGGGAUACCCCGGGAUCCCCGGACCCCUCAUCGGGGUCCUGGGCGUCCGGGCCUCUCAGUCCGGAGUCGCUCCGGCCCCUCUGGGCCCCUCAGUCUAGGACUUCCGGGGCCCUCGGUCCGGGGGCGCUGGGCCCCCCCAGCGCCCCGCUCGCCGGCGCCCGCCGCCCUCGGCCAGGGGCCGAGCCCGGGCGGCGCGGCCGGCCGCGCUGGGGGCGGCCCGGCUGCUCGGGCGGACCCAGCUGGCAGCGUCCCCCCACCCCCCCGCGGCGCCGCGAAGUCCGCUCGCUCCCCGGCGGCGGCGGCGGCACGCACAAGGGCGUGGGGAGGCGCCCGCGGAGGCAGCAGCCCCCCGCCCCCUGCGCGCCCGCCCGCCCUCGCCGGCCGCCGCGCGGCCCCCGCGGCGGGCGGGCGACGGAGCAUGCGCAGAGGCCGCCACGGCCGCUACUGCCACCGCCGCCGCCAGGCCGAGCUUCAACACUUCCGGCCGCCGCCGCCGGCGAGCUGGCGCCUUAAAGGGGACGCGUCCUUAUUGCGGGCCCCGCGGAGGAUGAAUCUCAGCCGGAGGAAUUUGAAUGAACCUUUACCUGAGAAGGGGUCUUUUGCUCUGGAGAGUCAGUAUUGGGAAGGGCUCUGGGACCCUAAUAACUCUUCUUCCCCAACUUCAAGAUCCUCCCUUCCCCCACCUCUUACCUCCUCCACCUCAGAGAAUGAUACUUCCAUCACUCAGUCGCCUCCCAGAGACCCCUCUGAUACCGCCUCCUCUCUGAACCCCACCUGGUCCACACCACCAUCAUCUGCCUCUGCUGCCUUACAGCCAGAACCUCCUGAUUGGUCUCCCCACUUCCUGCCAUGCUGCCUCCCAGCCUUCACUGUUUACUACUCCAAUGGCCUCUCUUCCCCUUAG